AUGGGCACUGUACUAUCACUGUCUCCCGGCUCUCGGAAAUCAGGCUACUAUGACAACCGGCCGGGUUCGCUCAGCCACUACCCGAGCCUCAGCAGCCGCUCUCUGAACAGCCAGAAAGACCGCGGGCUGAAGAGGGGCCAGUCCAUCUUCCUCCCGGCUCUCACAUGGAAGCGACUGGUAGCCUCUACAAAGAAGAAGGGCAACUCUAAGAAAGGCACCGGCGGCCCCGUGGCCCUCGGGGACCCUCUCAACAACAACAACAGCAUCAACAUCUACCAAAAGGACCCCGUGUUGCACCUUAACCGUGAGAAUGUGAAGAAGUCGCUGUCAUGUGCCAACCUGUCCAGCUAUGAGGGCCCAGCAGGACUGGGUCUGGGGCUCGGCUAUGGCCUGGGGUUAGGCCAGGGGCACGGAUGUGGCUACAGCAAGUCCCAACAGCUUUCCUCUGUGAAGAAAGUUCCCCAAGGGACAGUGAGCUCGUCCCCAAAGCGCGUUAUUGUCCAGGCGUCCACCAGCGAGCUCCUGCGCUGCCUCGGGGAGUUCCUGUGCUGUCGCUGCUACCGCCUGAAGCAUCUGUCCCCGGCCGACCCAGUGCUCUGGCUGCGGGCUGUGGACCGCUCGCUGCUGCUGCAGGGCUGGCAGGACCAGGCCUUCGUCACGCCAGCCAACGUGGUCUUCGUCUACAUGCUGUGCCGAGACGUCGUGGAUGGUGACCUGGUGGCGUCGGAGCACGAGCUGCAGGCCAUCCUGCUCACCUGCCUCUACCUGUCCUACUCCUACAUGGGCAAUGAGAUCUCGUACCCGCUCAAGCCCUUCCUGGUUGAGGCGGGUAAGGAGGCCUUCUGGGACCGUUGCCUCGCCAUCAUCGACGCUACCAGCUCCAAGAUGCUGCGCAUCAACGCAGACCCGCACUUUUUCACACAAGUAUUUGCUGAACUCAAGAGUGAAGGCGGGUGUGGCCCCCAGGACUAUAGUCGGGUGCUGGAUCGGUGA